UCCCAAAUUUUAGGGGUGUCCCGGGACACCCUAGAGCCCCAUGGAUCCGCCACUGAAGACAGGAGAGUAACGGGUUUGGUGGGACAGUUGGGCGAAUUUUUUUGGUGCUGAUGCAGAUAUUUAGAUGUUAGUUUCAAAUUUUCUACAAAUUUUUAAAGGACAAGUCGCAUAUUAGAUUUCAAAAAACUUUGCAUUGAAGAAAGAUUUUUGUUUUUAUUUUUUACAAGAUGAUAUUUAUUUCGAUAUUUUGAAAUAAAUACACUAAUAUCAUUAUGUUAUAUGAUCAUAGUGAGAAUAUUAUCAUAUGAUAGUAUUGUUAAUCUAACCAUAAUGGUAAGUAAUUAUAUUAUAGUGAUAAAGUUACAACAAACAUGUGUUUUUUAGUUACUUUUGUACUCAAAUUAUAGCAAAAUGAAUAUCAUUGUGUAUAUCAUGAUUAAUAAGUUAUUCUCUGCAAUUUUUUUAAAACUUAAGUUAAAACAAAUGAGAUAUGUGAUCAUAUCACUGUUACACCAUGAUAAUAUGAAAGUGAUAAGAUUACAACCAACACUUGUCUUGAGUGUAUAUUUUUCUCAAAAUAUAGCAAAACGGAUAUCAUUGUAUAUAUUAUAAUUAUGUGUUGUUUAUAUGCAAUUAUUUUUAAAAUUUUGAGUUAAAACGAAUGAGAUAUGACGUAUUAAAAAAAUAAGGGAUUAAAUAGUAGACUUUGAUAGGUCAAAAGGAGACAUAACCUGUUUACAAUUGCAAUGGAAGCUCUGGAUUGUUUGACUAAGAAAGCAAUGGUGGAUAAUCAGAUUCCUUACCAUCCUCAUUGUAAACCACUUAUGAUUUCCCAUUUGUGUUUUGCGGAUGAUUUGAUGAUGUUUACCAAUGGGUCAAUAAGAGGAGUUGCUGGCAUUAGAAGAUUAAUGGAUAGUUUUUAUAAGCUAUCUGGUUUGAGAUGCAACCCAGCAAAAUGUCAGCUUUUCUGUGCUGGUAUUCCUAAGGAAGAAAUGCUUGCUAUUUCUGAAUUUGCUGAAUUCUCUCUGGGAACACUACCUGUGAGGUACUUAGGAGUCCCACUUAUUACAGGAAAACUUACUAGGCAAGACUGUAAAGUGCUGGUGGAUAAGAUAACACAAAAACUGAGAAGCUGGUGGUCAAAGCUGCUAAGCUAUGCUGGGAAAAUACAACUCAUAUCUACUGUCAUCUCUAGUACCCUUCAAUACUGGCUCAAUAUCUUCUUACUGCCUCAAUUUGUUAUCAAGGAGGUGGGAAGAUUGUGUAAUGAGUUCUUGUGGGAUUCUGCUGAGGAUGGCAGUAGAAAGAAAGCAUUCAUGGCUUGGGAUAAGUUGGCUACUCCUAAGAAGGAGGGUGGACUUGGAAUUAGGAACUUUGGAGUAUGGAAUAAGGCGUGUGUAUUGAGGCAUUUAUGGGAGAUUCUUACUCUGGGGGGGUCUAUCUGGGUUGCAUGGAUUUCAAGGUACAGGCUGAAGGGUAGAAGCAUAUGGGAACUCUCAGUUGUUUCUGCUGGGACAUGGAUUUGGAAACGGUUGUUGAAAUGCAGGGCAAUAGCCUACCCGUUUGUUUCUGGGAAUGGGAGCAGUACUCUGUGGCAGGGGGAGCAAAUGAAAAGGUUCUCGGUGUCCAGGGUGUGGAAUGAUAUCAGGGUGAAACAACCAGAAGUACAGUGGUGGAGAUUAGUCUGGGCAAAGGAAAUCAAUCCUAAGCAUGGAUUGAUACUGUGGCUUGCUAUCCACAGGAGAUUGGUUACUCAGGAUAAACUCUUGGCCUGGGGAAAAAAUGUCUCUGGCUGCUGCCUUUUGUGUCCAGGGGGUGUAGAGAGCAGGGAUCAUUUACUGAUUUAUUGCUCUUACUCAAUUUCUGUUUUGAAGCUUGGUAUGAAAAGCCUUUCUCCACCAGAUGUAGGAGGCUGGGAAGCAACAGUUGCUUGGUGUGCAAGGGAAUGGAAGAAGAAGACUGAUAGGUCGAGAAUUUGCAGAAUGUUGUGGAGUGCUGCUGUGAGCCACAUAUGACGUGAGAGGUGUUCUCGAAUGUAUGGGACUAAGGUAGUCAAAGAUCCUGCUAUGUUGGUGAAGUUGAUAUGUGAGGAAGUUACCUACCGAGUAUGUGAAGAUCCUGCCCUUCAGCUAGAGUUAGAUAGUAUUCAGUAAAUAUAUAGAUAGGAGCGGAUUGUACGUUUUGUUUUCUGCGUUGUAAACGUUUGAGAGGCGCUGCAGGGUUCCCUCUGCAAGUGGGCUGGUCUUAAUGCAAUUUUUUGAUUUCGCAUAAAAAAUGUGAUAAUUUUCAUAACUUAAUUUUUAUUAUUAACAACAUUUUCUUAAUUAUUAAUUAACUACAAUAUUCAACAUCUCGUCAUUUUUCACUAUGCAAAGGUUUCAUAAGGUAAGUUAAAUUUUAUAUAAUAGUUAAAUUAAAUGUGAUAUUAUUUAUAACUUAAUUUUAUUGUUAGAUCAUAAUUUAUGAUGUAACAUCAUUCUAUAAUAGUUAUAUAAGCUACAAAUAUAUUAUAUAUAAUUUAUGGAGGGAAAUUUGUUUCUUACGUAUCACUUAAACUAAUGUAUUAUGUAACGUAUGUCUUCCGUAAUGAAUAAGGCAUUACGUAAAGAUUAUAAAGGUAUAUUAGUGAGUGGAUUAAGUUUAAAAUCUAAUUAAUUUCUUAUGACUUUGAAGCAUGUCCAAAAAAAACUAGUUGAUUAUUAUGGUGAUAAAUAAAAAUUUAAUAUGCAUAAUACAUAAGUUUCAAUAUACUAUUUACAAGUUUUCACAACCAUAAUUUGGAAGUUUAGAUGAAUCUACAAGGUACUCCUACAUUAUCAUUCUCGCUUGGGGGGGGGGGGGGGGGGGGGGGGGGGGGGGGAAUUCGCGCAUAUGGUGGGACAAUUGUAUUUGAUUUGAUGACUCCACGACAAAGAAAACAAGAAGGCGAUCUUUCACAUGGGUUUAAUUACGAGCUAGUGGCGACACCAAUUAUCUACCUAACCACCACUAUCAUGCCAGUUGCUCGAUAUUUAAGGAGAAUGGCAAGACGGUGGUGGAAAACCAUCAAGUGAUUUGGAGAACCGCCAAUUCACGGAGGAGGGUUUGGAAGGACGUGUUAGAAGUUCUUGUUAUGAGACAAGUCUUCAUCAAAUCUCGUCGGCCUAACUACACUACUACAUCUAAUCAAGUCAAAUAUACCUUAACUAGAUGGAGGAGCACAGUGGUGACACUAUCUAAUCUACUUAUCGAAUCUACUGCUACUUUAAAGUUGUGACAUUAUCUAAUCUAACAAUUGAGUGAUGUAAGGAAGUGGUUAAGUACCAUACAUGGACCUGUAUAAGAUCCAGCAUAACUUUCUCCCAACGACUUGAGUUAUUGAGACCAACUGGUUUAUGACAUGGUAUCAGAGCUGGUUUGUCCGUGGGGUCACGUGUUCAAGUCCUCACGACCCCCAAUAUUAAUCGUUGUCUUUCAAGCACAUGGUAUGGCGGGCCUGUGCAAACUUCAAGCCCAUGAGUCGGCUUUCGUUUGAGGGGACGUGUAAAGAAGUGGUUAAGUAUCAUACAUGGGCCUGUAUAAGAUCCAGUAUAACCUUCUCCCAACAACUUGAUUUAUUGGGACCAACUGGUUUAUGACAAGUGAUAAAUGUCUUCUAACAAGACUAGCAUGUAACUUAAUGAAGAACUCAAGUAAAGAAGCGGUACUUGGGAUAGUAUCCCCUAACUCGCGGAUGAAGCUAAUGAAACAAAGUAUUCAUG